UCUAUCUAUCUAUCUAUAUCAAGUGCGUGUGUGUGUUCAGCUUCUCUGAGUAAUCUGUUGUGUUAUAUUGUCACUCCUCAGGAAAGAAGAGAGGAAAAGGAAGUGUGUGAUACAGUGGAGCUCAAUGUUGAUCAUCUCCAGCAGAGAAACGGAAGAAUCAGCACCUCACACAGUCACACAUACACACCCUCCCUAACCAAUCCACUCUCACGUCCUGCAAAGUCCCGCCCUCUCCCAGAUGGGCCUCAGGCAGUGGUGUAUAAAUACACCUAUUACUGAUUGACUCUGACACUACCUUACACUGAGUCUCCAGCUCUCUGACGCUCUCUGGACUAUGAUGCUGACAGCGUCUGCUCUACUGCUGCUCCUGCUUGUUCCUGGCAUCAGUGCAGUGCCCACUGGACUCUGGGAACACCAGGGAUCCUCUCGUUGUGUGCCCAUCCCAAGCAACAUGGCCCUGUGCCAGGGUCUGGGCUACAACAGCAUGCGGAUGCCCAACUUGCUGGGACAUGAGUCUCCAGCUGAAGCGGUGCAGCAGAGCAGCAGCUGGCUGCCGCUCCUCGCCCGAGAGUGCCACCCACACGCCCGAAUCUUCCUGUGCUCGCUCUUCGCCCCUGUGUGCCUUGAGAGGAUCAUUUCUCCAUGCAGGAGUCUGUGUGUGUCGGUACGGGACAGCUGCGCCCCCAUCAUGAACUGCUACGGUUACCCCUGGCCUAGAAUACUACAGUGCGACCAGUUUCCCAAAGAUCACCUGAUGUGCAUUUCCUCAGUUGUGCAUAUGCAAAACGGCACCAGCACUGACAGCCGAGUGGUGCCGCGUGCGAGCUGCACAGACUGUGAGCUGGAGGAGGCCACGUCGUCCAAAGACCUGCUCGACAUCUUCUGCAAAAGUGACUUUGUGGUGAAAGUGCGUCUAUCCAAGCUGAACUCCAGUAGCUCUGUCCUGACGAUGUUCUCCCUGGGCUCUCGGCUGGAGGUCCUAAAGCACGGCCCGCUGCUGGGAGGAGAAAUGAGGAGCCGUCUGACGCUGUGGCUGGAGCGGGACGCCACCUGCGUGGGCAACCUGACCCGCAAUCACCCCGACGGGGGGACCUUCCUGCUGACAGGCACCGUGACAGGCAAGAGACUGCUGGUCACGAAGGCGUUCAGCUGGGGGAAACGCCAGCGGCACCUCAACCAAGCAGCACGCAAGUGGAAAAGCCACCGGUGCAGAGGGUAGAGUUUCACAAAACAUACCUCAGAGUGUUCAUAAUGAUGUAAAUAAUAGAAGAGCCUUGCACUAUAUUUUUAAAUCUUAAGAUAUUAAAGCUUUUUCUGAAAG